GGUGUUGCAUGGUGCUGCUGCUGCCGCUGAGUGUCGUAGGAUUGUGGGGUUUGCGAGGUAACUUAAGGAAUUAGUGAUUGAUUUUGAGAGAAAGGAAGGAUGCCCAAGCGCACUACUCACACGUAUUCCAGCGAGGAUGCAGCACCAGGUGGACCUGAGUCGGAGCUUUUCGUGUACUACUGCAAGCAUUGCGGUGCUCAUGUGUUGAUCACGGAUACUCAGCUGCAGAAAAUGCCUAAGAGGAAAACCGACAGAGCAUAUGUAUUGGAUCGUAACAAGCACCUCAGCCGACUUAAUGUUGUAGAGGCUGGCAAGCACUUGCUUAAGAGGGGUGAAGGGAAGGUGGAGAAACAGUAUCGCAUGAAGUGUAAUGGUUGUGGCUUAUUCGUCUGUUAUCGCUGUGAGGAAGACUUGGAAGCAGCUCCUUACCUGUACGUGACAGACGGUGCUCUUAGCUCUGUUGCUGCAGAAACCAACCCUCAGGAUGCUCCAGUACCACCGUGCAUAUCACAAAUAGAUGGCGGCUUGGUCCAGGUUGGUAUAGAAGUUGAAGAUCGUGCACAACGAUCCCAAAUUACACGUGUGAAUGCGGAUGAUGUCCGGGUAACUGUGGCUGCACCUGCAGCCCGUGGUGAAGCAAACAACGAGCUGCUUGAGUACAUGGGGAAGGUGCUGGGGCUAAGAUUGACACAAAUGACUCUACAACGGGGCUGGAAUAAUAAAUCUAAACUUCUCGUGGUGGAAGAUCUUACUGUAAGAGAAGUUUACGAGAAGCUUCUUGCAGCUGUACAGCCUUGAGGAGGAUGUAUACUCCUUAUGUCCUGAUGGACCAUCCACAGUGGAUUUUGAAAGUGAUGGGUUAGUUGUGAAGAUGGUGUUAAGAAGCUCCACUGCAUGAUUCCCUGGCUGAAGGGCAACUAUGCGUCUAAUAAAUUGUCUCUUUCACGGAU